AAUAUAGUAUUCUUGUACUUACAUCUCUCUCCUCUCUCUAUAUCUCUAUAUCGGCACUUGUCAAAUUCCUUCAAAUACUUCCCCACAGCUUCCACAUCAUAACGUACUAUUCUCACUCCAACUGCCAUCCCCCCAUCUCUCUCUCUCUCUUUCUGGGAUGUCUGUGAACCAUCCCUCAUCGGAGCUGCCGGCGGAGCCAUUCUGGUGGAGUAAACAGCCGGAGUAUAUCGUCGAGUCGUCGAGGAAAGGCGUCCGGUUCGACCUGAACGACGACGAGGAGCCGGAGGAGCAGCUCACCGAGGAGAGGGAUCAGGUAAUGGUGCCGAAAGAGCACUUGUUCGAGAAGCCAUUGACGCCCAGCGAUGUCGGAAAACUCAACCGCCUCGUCAUCCCCAAACAACACGCCGAGAAGUACUUCCCGUUGACCGGACAGGACUCCUCCGCCGCCGCAGCCGGCGCCGAGAAAGGUUUGCUGCUUAGCUUCGAGGAUGAAUCCGGCAAGCUCUGGCGGUUCAGGUAUUCGUAUUGGAACAGUAGCCAGAGCUACGUGCUGACGAAAGGGUGGAGCCGGUUCGUGAAGGAGAAGCGGCUGGACGCCGGCGACGUGGUGCUGUUCCAGCGCCACCGCCUGGACGGCGACCGCCUCUUUAUAGGGUGGAGGCGGAGAAGCGCUGGCGCCGCCGCGGCUGCCGCGGGAGUUCACGAAGGAGGAGCGGUCGGUCAGCCGGGCACGGUGGUUGGCGGCGGAUGGGGCCAAGUGUACUACCCUUAUCCUCCGGCGGGUCUCCCAUUCCAAUCCCCCGACUGUCUUCAUGCAGGAGGUUCAAUGGGGCAAAGCCAGACACCAUCCAGUGGGAGUUCGAGGACACUAAGGUUGUUUGGGGUGAACAUGGAGUGCCAACCGGAGGUGGAAGAGGCUGAACCGGCAACACCAGACGGUUCGACCACAUCGAGCCAGGGUCAGACCGGCCAUCACUAUUUAUACCAAUAUUAUUCCAACCCUCUUGCCUCCUACAACAACCAUUACACUCACAUGCAGGAUUUAAAAAAUUUCUCAAGAGAUGUCAAUCAGAUGAGAUAUCAGCAGGGAUAAGAUCUGUGGAUGUGACAUUCUGGACUGACUAGUAUGGACCACAGGGGAAAGUAAAAAAGAAAAAAAAAAAAGGAUUAAUUUUUAUAUAAAAAAAAAUACAGAAAAGAAGGGGGAAAAUCCAAGAUUUUCUGGCAAGUUGUCUUUCUAUAUAAAGGCUGGUGUAUUGUAUAUCAAGAAGCUGUCAAUCAGGCCCUCUCCAAGUCCAGGGGGAAUGGAAGAGAACCCACAUCAGAAAAUGGGAGAUGAAAAUGAAAGCUAGGUUUUUUUUGGGGGGGUAGGCCUGGAGGGGUCCACAAGGUUAUAGGAUGAUGUCAGCAGGGGCCAAGUGGAAGAACAUGGCUCAUGGCAAUCAAGAAUUCCACUGUUUUCUAUAUACAUGAAACAAGAAAAAAGUUUUGUUGUCUACUGUUGAGAUUCUGGCUGGAGAUUUUUAAUGGGGGGCUUAUUAGUGAGUGGAAGAACAGAUACAGGAGGUGGAGGUCACUGUAGUUUUACUAGCAUCAAAACUCUGAACCAACUAACUGUUUUUAACUGCCUUUUUAUUGUUAUGGUUAUGCUACUAAUCAAAUGGCACAAGCUUUCUGCUGUUCUUUUGUUCAA